ACGCGAGCUAGAAUACACUUAUUGCGUCCCAACCCCUCCACGCGAUGCAGAUUAUUAUCGACCUGUUUUUAUAUAUCUACCAUCAAACUCUCUUGCUUCUAUUUCACCGAAUCACCAAUUCCCCGCCUCAACGUGAGCCACAAGAAGUGCCAACACGGUCACUGCCAGAGCCGGAACCACCAGAGCCGGAACCAGAAGAACCACACACAGAUACAGAUAGCACAAUGUCAACGAAACGAGCCCUGAUGAUCGCCGCCCCAUUCGAGGGUCUGCGAGGUCCCAUCCGCGACGCAGAACGAAUGGAAGCCGUCCUCCGGAAACAAGACUUCGAAAUCACAACCUGCUACGGCGCCGAUGCCACUCGCAGUGGUAUUCUCAACGCGUGGCAGAAUCUUAUCUCGACCAUCUCGACGGGCGAUGCAGUCGUCAUCUAUUACUCCGGCCACGGAGGAUUAGUGCAGUCCAAGGACGGCGAGAGCAGUUCGGGAAAGCCGUGGCAAUACCAGUUCCUCGUGCCUGUUGACUAUGACCAGACCACCGACGAUGAUUUCAGGGGUAUUCUCGAUGUGGAAAUCUCACAUAUGCUGCAGGAUACGACGGAUAAGACGCGAAAUGUCACUAUCAUCCUUGACUGCUGCCACUCGGGUCGCAUGUUUCGUGCUCCAGGGAUGGGCCAGAAGGCGCAUGCGAAGAAUCUCGAAGAGACGCAAUACCACCAGGUCGCAAAAUACCUGACUACACUGCGCGAAGCAGGCCAUUUCCACGGCGAGGUAUCCCUCACCGGCAACCCGUACGCCGUGCGGGUGGUGGCUGCUGCGACGUCGGAAACGGCAUGGGAAUACAUGGACUCGAACGGACAAUGGGGCGGUGCGUAUACAGAGGCGUUGGCGAGAGCAAUAGAAGAGACGGCCGGCCAUGAACUCUCGUGGAGAACGACAUUGAUGCGUGUGUCGCAGCUGGUCAAUGUCAAAUUCCCAACGCAGCAUCCCCAGGCUGAAGGACCCGAGACACGGAUUCCCUUCUCGAUGCAGCAUGCCAUGGCGGGGGCAUUUCAUCUGAGAGUGGUGAAUAAUGCUGCUAUUCUCGAGGCAGGAAGUGUGCUGGGCGUUCGAAAGGGAAAUGUAUACUCGAUUGUGCCACUGGACUCGGAUGACCACGGCGAAGGCGAUGAGUUUCCUGAAGCGACCGUGACGGUGGUUGCUGCGUUCAAAGCAAAGGUGAAGCUGACCUUUAUGCCGUCUUGGGAGAAUCUGCAGCAUCUGGGUGCGUUGGCGUUUCUGAAGCGGGAGACCGUCGAGAAACAGCCGGUGUCUGUGACUUCGGAGAAUGAGAGUCUUCUUGAAGGAGUCGAUAGUUCACGAUACCUUCAACGUCGAGGAGAGGAGGAUACCAGAGAUGCUAUCCUCGACUUCCGCCAGGAAGAGCAGUCUGUCAUCCUGAGCAAUGCAAAGGGGAUUGAAGUUGGAUCCUGUCCCAUGGAGGGAGCUGAGGUAUCUCAAGCCUUUGACGACCUUCUCCUCACAGCCGAACGAUACGUCAGAGCCCAACGGGUUCUCGACCUCCGCUGUGCCCGAAUCGAAGACAGACUCGACCAUCUCCUCAAUGUGGAAAUCGGCAUCGUCGAGGACGGGGAAGUCAGCAGGAAGUUCGAAGACGGCGGCCCGAACCACAUCGACCAGAAAGAUAAGAUCUACAUCCAGCUGCUCAACAACGGCAACACCACCAUCUACAUCUCCAUCUUCGACGUCAACGUCGCUGGUCGGAUCUCGUUGAUCACCGAGCCGUAUCCACUCGGUAUGGAGUUGCCGCCUAGCCGCUCAGUCACGCUCGGAAGCGACGAGUUUGGAGAUCUCGUUGGGCUGCAGGUAUCGUGGCCGGACGAGGUUCCUAAGAAGGUGCCUAUCGAGGAGAACUAUGUCUUCGUCAUCACCAGUUCACCGGUCGAUCUUCGCCAUCUCACUGACUCGGAAAGCCUCAACGUCAGGCUUGUUCGGGAUACAGCCGUAGCCACUAAUUCUGUCAACAUCCGUUAUGACAUCCUCCACGUUCCAUUCGAUAUCCGCCCUGUGGAAGAAGAACCCCAGCCAGCAGAAGAGGAACGACAGAUCGAAUUGCCAGAUAUGGAGCAUACUGAAGAUAAAGAAUGCCCCGCAGAUGGACUUCCAGACUGUGACUGUCUACCGGAAUGUGAAAGCCUCCCCGAGUUUCCUCCGAUGGAUAUGCCAAAGGGAAUCAUCGGUGGCAUCAUCCGAGCAACCAAAAACAUCCCACCGUGCAUCUGGGUCGUCAACAAACACACCGAACCCAUCACCGUCGUGGUAUCCAAGUACCGUCCCAACCGCAUGUUGACCGGCAUUGGCCUCAAUGGCUCUGCCACUGGGGCUGGUGUCAACUUCAACUCGUCCACAUGGGUCGGACCCGCAACCAAAAAAUCCCUCCCACCCGUCGGAUCAACUGGCAAAUCGAUGGCAGUCUUCCCGCUGUGGACACGAAGGGAGGGAUUCGGCGUCAUUUCAGUAUUCAAGGGCGAAGAGCAGAAGCUGUUUAUCGAGAAUGACCAGGUGCCGCUGGGUGCGACUGCUUAUUUCGAGAAUAACCCCGACUUGGAUAUUGUUCAUUUCGCGGGUGGGAAGCAGAAUAAUGGGAUGUUCUAGGUAGUUUAUAUAGAUAUAGUUGCCGAAUGAUAUAUAAUGCGAAUUUAUGUCUAUCUUGCUACAUCCCGAUCAAU